AUGUUCCCCUUGUGGCAGGGUCCGGGAGAAAAGAGAGAGGAAAAAUUAAAACGACUGAAGGCCUAUGUGCUCCAGGAAUAUGUCCUGGAGAUGGCAGUGGAGGGCAAGGGGAGAAUGUUGGUAACGUUAAAAUUUUUAAAGUUUCAGGUCCUGUAUCUUGACAUCCCAAGUAUAAAUGCGGGUACCAGACACAGUACAAACGUUCUCAAAGCCCAGUUACAUAUUCCAAACCAAACGCGGGCUCUUGAAGGGAAAGUACACGGCGUGUGUCGAGAGAAAAAAAUACACACACGCAAUGACCCACGAGAAAGGGAAAGGGGAAAACACCAACUCCCCGGGCGCUGGGCUUUUUCGACUUUUCCUUUAAAAAGAAAAAAGUUCUUCAAGCCGCGCGGGCUUCCUGUGCGCAGCCGAGCCCGGGCCCAGCGCCGCCUGCAGCCUUGGGAAGGGAGCGGAUCGCGGAGCCCCAAGCCGCCCGCAGAGCAAGCGCGGGGAACCAAGGAGACGCUCCUGGCACUGCAGAUAACUGUCUGCAUUUCAAGAACAACCUACCAGAGACCUUACCUGUCACCUUGGCUCUCCCACCCAAUGGAGAUGGCUCUAAUGGUGGCACAAACCAGGAAGGGGAAAUCUGUGGUUUAAAUUCUUUAUGCCUCAUCCUCUGAGUGCUGAAGGCUUGCUGUAGGCUGUAUGCUGUUAAUGCUAAUCGUGAUAGGGGUUUUUACCUCCAACUGACUCCUACAUGUUAGCAUUAACAGGGUAUGAUGCCUGUUACUAGCAUUCACAUGGAACAAAUUGCUGCCGUGGGAGGAUGACAAAGAAGCAUGAGUCACCCUGCUGGAUAAACUUAGACUUCAGGCUUUAUCAUUUUUCAAUCUGUUAAUCAUAAUCUGGUCACUGGGAUGUUCAACCUUAAACUAAGUUUUAAAAGUAAGGUUAUUUAAAAGAUUUAUCAGUAGUAUCCUAAAUGCAAACAUUUUCAUUUAAAUAUCAAGCCCACGUUUGUUUUUAUCAUUAACAGAAAAUGUAUUCCUGUCAUUCUUAAUUGCAGGUUUUGACUUGUUCAAUAUAAUGUUCAUAAAUACCUUUGAUUCAACUGUUAGAAAUGUGGGCUAAACACAAAUUUCUAUAAUAUUUUUGUAGUUAAAAAUUAGAAGGACUACUAACCUCCAGUUAUAUCAUGGAUUGUCUGGCAACAUUUUUUAAAAUAUUUAGAAACUGGUACUUUCCCCCAUGUAAUGAUUUUCUGUUUAGGCAACUUCAGUUUAGAAUUAAUACUUUCAUUUGACUCUUAAAGGGAAAUUGAAAGGCUAUGAAGCUGAAUUUUUUAAAUGAGAUAUUUUUAACAAGUAGCAGGGUAAAUAACAUCUGAGAGCUAGUGAGAUAUUGUUUCCAUACAAGAUACAAAGAUUUAAUUUAAAAACUCAUAUUUGAAAUGAAGUCCCAAAUCUAGGUUCAAGUUCAAUAGCUAAGCCACAUAAUAUGGUUGUGUAAGCAGAGAAUCUACCUUUCCACUUCUAAGCCUGUUUCUUCAUCCAUGAAAUGGGGAUAAUGCUUUACAAGGUUGUUGUGAGGUUUAGGUGAGAUAGAGAAUAUUCUGUAAGAUAAUCAAGUGCUCCAUCCAUGUUAUAGUUGGGUUAAUCCAAGAACUAGUCACCCUACUUUGUUAGAGAAGAGAAAAGCUAAUGAUUUAAUUUGCAGACUUUUUAAGGUUUGGGUUUCUAUGCAGUUUUUCUAAAUAACUAUAACUUACAAACAUGUAACCAAAUGUAAUUGUUAGUAUAUUUAAUGUAUACUUGUUUUAACAACUCUUCUCAACAUUUUGUCAAGUUUAUUCACUGUAACCAAAUAAAUCUCAUGAGUCUUUAGUUGAUUUAAAAUAA